CGGAAAAUUAUAAAGAGAAUUAUAGGAAGAAGGUUUUAAUCACAAAUGCAUUUAUUGAGCAUGCUUCUAGCGCAAAUAUAUUGGAGCAAAUAAUUAAUGAAUUGAUUGAUGAUAACGAUGAUUACGAAGAAUUCGUUACAAUCAAUUCGAUGAUAGCUGUACCGGAAUUACCACAAAUGUUAAACUUAGUGGAUUUAGUAGAGUCCUUGCCAUUCAAAGAUAUUCAAGAUAAUUCAAUGCAUUACCAGAAUGAGAUGCAGCUUAAAAUAAAAAAAUUAUUAGGACUUGUUGAUGAGCCUGCAAUUGAUGAAACCCAAAAAGUAGAUUUGGAAAUUCUUGGACAAAAGAGAAGAAAUUGUACUAGACCAGUUUUAGAAAAUAUAAUCCAACGUGUAUUAGAUCAACCCGAGCAGGAUGUAUGGGAUAAUGCCACUUUAAGACGGGUGUGUCGUAUGCUAGGAAUAUACAUAAGUGCACAAUUUCCAGAAUCACACAUAAACAUCCUUCGGAUUAAGUACAGCUUAGGUGAUUGUAUUCUAUAUCAUGGACCUCAAGAACACUUAAUAUACAAAAAACAAGAUGGCGCAUGGGGGCAAUUAAAGGAAGAUGGUUCAUUUCAUCUACUUAAGGAUCAGUUAGCUGAAAACCGUAAAAAAAACUCCAAUGACCUUUGAUGACAAGGAUCUGUAAAGCAAAUUAAUAUGUAUAUAUUUACUUGUUUUAUUAAAUAUAUCAACGGAUAAAAAUAUAAAUUAUAAAAAUACAA